AGAGCAUCCACAAGCUGAAGGAGAAAGCCAAGAAGCGGAAGGGCCGAGGCUUCGGGUCAGGUGAGGACCACCCAACACCCUCUGCCCUCCUGCACCCGCCAGGGUCCGGGCCGGACGGGGAGGAGCCGGGCCCGCAGAGGUCGGUGGAGGGCUGGAUCCUCUUUGUCACGGGGGUUCAUGAGGAGGCAACAGAAGAAGACAUCCACGACAAAUUCGCCGAGUACGGCGAGAUAAAAAACAUCCACCUGAACCUCGACAGACGGACGGGCUACCUGAAGGGAUAUACUCUGGUCGAGUACGAAACCUAUAAAGAGGCGCAGGCGGCCAUGGAGGGGCUGAACGGCCAGGAGCUGAUGGGGCAGCCCAUCAGCGUGGAUUGGUGCUUCGUGAGAGGGCCCCCGAAAGGAAAGAGAAGGUAA